UUAGGAAUCAUUUUUGUAUAAAUUUGGAAAACAUGUCUCGGAUAUUUUGUUUGGUGUCUCGGACAAGCUACUCUCUUCUGGCUUCGUGAAGAAGCUGCGUCUCCGGUUCUGCAAGGACAUUUCAGCGGCGUCAGCGGCGAUGAUAACUCUCCGAAAUCAUGCCACAUCUUCACCUCUGAAGAUAAUCUCCAGGGUUACAAAUCGAAAUCUGCAAGGAAGCGAAAGAAUUUGACUGAGAAGGGGAAUGUUUCUGGGAAUUCAGCUGACCGAUGUACUUAUCCUGUUUUUUCGUUGUCACAAAAUGAAGUAGAUCAUCAAAAUGCAGAAGUACUUCCUCUACCCAGGACUCCGUUGUCUAAUAUAACUAAUUCGCACCCAAACAAAUCAUCAAGAUUCAGAUUCCUGCAGGCUAAAGCUGCUAAAACAAAUUUUCAAAAUGAAGGACCUAGGGUGAUGCACUUGGCACAUGAUGACAUAGAUAACCAAUUGCCAAGAGAAGUACCUGUUAGCAGAAGUCCUUUGUCUGAUAUAACUAUUGCCAGCCAAAAUAAAUCAUCAAGAUUCAGAAGCCUCAAUACAGGAUCUUCUGAAACCAAUAUUCAGAGUACCACAAGGAAUCUUUAUCGUGACAGUUUUGAGAAUGAAGAACAAUCCAAGAAAUAUUUCAAUCAUGAUGACAUAGAGUGUUCAACCGUUCAGGAUCCUGUUUUUUCAGAUGAAUCGGAUAGUGACUAUGUCUGCGGGAAUUCAAGUAGUGAUGAAGAAUACCAAUCUGGCAUGGAGUUGGAUAGUGAAAGUGAAUCUGAGGAAGCUGCAUUUUCUAGAAUGUCCAAGGCCAUACCAAAGGACUAUGUCAGCCUUGGUAGCCCAGAUGCAAUAUGUUCGAAAUGCAACGCCCGUCUUUGGAAGGAGGAACGGACAAAUAAAAAUGUUACACGUGGAGCUCCUAUUUUCUCAAUUUGCUGCCGGAAGGGUGAUGUAAAGCUGCCACCGACUCCUAAAACUCCAGAUUAUUUAAUGAGUUUGUACAAUAGGAAGGAUACUGCAGCUGAAUUUCGCCGAAGCAUACGGCUCUACAAUGCCAUGUUCGCUUUUACUUCCACUGGCGGCAAUGUGGACCGUAUGUUUACAGAUUGAAU